UUGUGCCUAGCCUAGCCUAGCAUGAGACCGCGGUGACCACGGACCGCGAUGCGAAACCAGCGAAACCAUUGACCUGCGAAUGUUGAAAAGUUACCCGAGUGCAGAGCACACCUGUCCCGGAUUAGCGAAAGAAAGUAAAUCUAUUUCGUGCUUAUGGAAUCUCUUCUAGAAAAUGUUAUGAAGGGCCCCUGUAAAGCGCAGCCCGACUACUACGAGGUACUUGGAUGUGACGAACUCUCUUCGGAUGAACAACUCCUCUGCGAGUAUAAGGUAAAAGCUCUUAAAUUCCAUCCAGACAAGAACCCAGGCGAUCCAGAAGCAGCCAAGCAGUUCCAGAGCAUUCAGGAAGCACGUGAUGUCCUGCUAGACCCCGAAAAGCGGAAAAAAUAUGACAAGUGGAGAAAGUCGGGCCUCAGCAUGUCAUUUCAGCAGUUUGUCAACCUUAAUGUGACGUCUCUUCACUGGGUCACCAAAAAGACAAAGGAGCCAAUGCUGAUGGAUCGCUCUCAUCAGGCACCUAUCCAAACACGUGCAGAUGAUUCAAGUGAUGUUUUGUCGAAUUGGAGGAGCAAGGAACCUGCUGAUGAAUUGCUGAGAAAAUUCAGAAAUUACGAGAUCUGAUCUAUCUUGAACAAUUAUUGUUGCAUUUACGCAGUAAAGGCUGCAUUAUGUGCUGUGAAUGUAAAUAUGU